ACAGUUACUUGUUUGCUUUAUCUCACAGUGCACAUGUACAGGCUUGAGAAUAACAAUACCAACAAUGUAAUUAUUGAAAGUAGUUUUUGGAAAAAUUUUGUACCUUUUUUGUCAGUAGGAUAUAUCUCACUAGGGAUUAUGUUUUAAAGUCGUUAGAACUGGUUAAUCUGUGUGAUUUUACCACCGACUGUAUAUAUAGUUACAUUUAUUUGUUUCGUUUUCUUUUGAUUCAUAGGAAAUGCUUUUUAAAAAUCUAAUUUCUGAAAAUUAUUAUUUGCAAAAUCGAGUCUACAGAAGUUAUGAAGAAGUCUAGCUCCUAUCCCUGUGCCUAAACUCUGCUUCCUGCCUUCCUCUACAGCUAUACUGUCCAAUCAGCUAACCCCAGUGCAUGUGGCUUUUAACAUUUAAAUUGAUUAAAAUUUAGCAUAAUUAAAAAUUAGUUCCUCAUUCACAGUUGCCACAUUUCAGGUGUUCAGUAGCUACAUGUGGCUAGCUAUCAUAUUGAACAGAUUUUAGAACAUUUCCAUUCUUGCUGAAAGUUCUGUUAGACAGCCCUGCCCUAGAGAACCCAUUGUUUUUUCAUUGUGUUUAAUUUAUUCUUCUACAAUACUUUUUAAAAAUAUCAAAAGUUGUAUAUAUAAAUUUAUAAUCCUCCUUCUUUGAUAAAUGGUAGUGUGCUAUACAUGCUUUUCUCCCUCUUCUGAAUAUAUCCUGGCGAUCACUCCAGACUGCAGAGAAUAUACAAAGGUAUCCUCAUUCCUUUAAUAUCUUUGUAGUACUGUACUUCACUGUGUGGAGGUUUACAGUGUAUGCAGCCAGUUCCCUAUUGAUGGUCAUUUUGAUUGUUUUAGUCCUUUAACACUACAAAAGUGCUGCACUGAAUAGUAGUGCUGCUUUGUGCGUAUGUCUUUUUCAUUUGUUGCUAGACCCAGUGUACUUUUUUUUUAUGAGAAAAGAAGUAAUUUUUAUUCGUCUUCUUUGUAGACCCAAUAUACUUUAAACCCUAAUUUCAUCAAUAGGCUUUUCAUUUCUUAUAAAUAUUAAAAACAAUUAUUAUAAUUAUAAAGGUGAUCCAAUUUCAUUUUAUUAGAAAACAAAACUAUAAUAAGAGAGAUAAAGUUAUCUAAAAUUCAUGUUGCCCAGACAGACUUUAUAUUGGUACAUAUAUAUACCUUGGUUUGCAAUUUUUUUUCAGUUCCUGAAUUCAGUUAAAAAGAAUACUCAGUGUUUUCAGUAUUUUUCAGACUGUGUAGUUGAGAUCAUAUUGUAUUUACCAGUUUGAAUUUUUUCUUUUUACUGUAAUACUAUAAGCAUCUUCCUUGUUAACACAGACUUUUUGUAAACAUUUCUAACAGCUGUGUGAUGCUGUGCUAUAUUGAUUUUUUUGAAUACUUUUAAUUUCUUAGUUAUUUUGCAGUGGUUAGACAUUCAGGUUGCUUCCUUUUUAGUUUUUUGGUUUUUUGAUUGUACUGUAUUAAACAUUUGUGCAUAACUUUCCCCCUAUUUUUAGGGUAAUAUUCGUGGUAUCCAGGAAUGGAAUUAUUGGAACAAAGGUUAAAAGCAUAAUUGAAGUUUUAAUAUAUUUUGCCAACUUUUCUCCCAAUAUUUUCUUGAUAGUCAUUCUGGAAGCAUUGAGUGUUAUUUUGAGAAAUCUGUGAUAAUUUGAUAGGUUUAAAAAUGGUAUCUGAGGUUGAAUAUUUUUAUGUGCCUGUAGUUUGUAUUGCCUGCUAUGGGUCUUAACAUGUAUUUGUCCAUUUAUUUUUUGACCUCAUAUUAUUCUUAUGGCAUGAUAUGAGGUAUUUAUUUAUUGUUAAGGAUGGUAACCAUUGUUCUGUCAUGUUGCAAAUGUUUUUUCAUCAGGUGCUUUAAUUUGAUUAAUUUAUUACAUACUUCAGUUUUACAUUUUUAUGCAGUCAAUCUUAGAUAUUUUUCUUUGGUUUUGUUAGCAGGCUUGUCAUUUACACCCCCUCCCACCACAAAAAAAAAGGAAGAAAGAAAUUGGGGAUUUGAUCAUUAUUCACCUGUUAAAAAUCAGCACUUGUGUUUAUUUUAAAUCUUGAGAGUCAAGGAAGUCAAAUUCAAUUAACGUUUAUUCAGAAGCAAGUAUAUGUCAGGUAUUUUAUAUGUUCUCUAUCUAGACUAUUACAGUUUGUCUUUUCUCCAAAUACUGUAAAUAACUAUGUGUGUAAAUGUAGGUGAAUUAAAUUACAGCCUCUUUUAAAAAUUAUAAGCAGUGUAUUAUUUUGCUUUUAGUAUCUUCCAUUGUAAUUAACUGUAGAAAUGUAUUUCAUGAAAUAUGUUGAGUUUCCUUCCCCCUUCCUUAAUUGUAGGGGAAAAAGUGUAUCUUCUGGUCGCUAUUGUGAGUGGUGGGCUACAGAUACAUAGAGAAAACAAAUUGCACAGACAUGAAUAUUAUCCCCAGGAUCUGAAGACUCUCAAAAAUAUUCUUCGGGCUUGCCACAGAUUUUCCUGAAGAAAAGAAUCUGUGAAAUUAUGUGAAUACAGGCGAUUUUUCAGAGUCAUGGGGGAAAGAGAAAGAAGUCCAGACACUGAUCGAGAAAGUAAGGCAGACAGACACUAUUACUCUUACUGUUCAUCUGAUUUUGGAACUACACCACAGUCUUCUGGCCAGUCAUCGCUGGUCCAUCCCUCCUCACCUACGAGUAUUAAGGCAAAAAAUCCUAAAAAACAAAUUUCAGACAGCCAUGUGCAUCAUCAAGUCCCUAGGAAACCAAGCCCUAAGGGUCCACCAAACAGACAGAGAGUCCGAGUAGGAUUUCGCUCCCAGAGCCUCAACAGGGAGCCACUUCGGAGAGAUACUGAUCUUGUUACAAAAGGGGUUCUUUCUGCAAGACUGCUAAAAAUCAAUGAAUUGCAGAAUGAAGUAACUGAACUCCAGGUCAAGUUAGCUGAGCUGCUAAAAGAAAAUAAGGCUUUGAAAAGGCUUCAGUACAGGCAGGAGAAAGCCCUGAAUAAGUUUGAAGAUACAGAAAAUGAAAUCUCACAACUUAUUGCUCGUCAUAACAAUGAGAUUACAGCACUCAAAGAACGUUUAAGAAAAUCUCAAGAGAAAGAACGGGCAACUGAGAAAAGGGUGAAAGAUACAGAAGAUGAACUAUUUAGGACAAAAUUUUCUUUACAGAAACUGAAAAAGAUCUCUGAAGCUAGACACCUACCUGAACGAGAUGAUUUAGCAAAGAAACUCGUCUCAGCAGAGUUAAAAUUAGAUGACACUGAGACAAGAAUUAAGGAACUAUCAAGAAACCUUGAGCUAAGCACUAACAGUUUCCAACGACAGUUGCUUGCUGAAAGGAAAAGGGCAUACGAGGCUCAUGAUGAAAAUAAAGUUCUUCAAAAGGAGCUACAACAACUAUAUCACAAAUUAAAGGAAAAGGAGAGAGAACUGGACAUAAAAAACAUAUAUUCUAAUCGUCUGCCAAAGUCUUCUCCAAAGAAAGAAAAAGAACUUACAUCAAGAAAAAAUGCUGCAUGCCAGAGUGAUUUUACAAACCAGUAUACCAAAGGAGUACAAACCAGUGAAGACUUCGAGCUGGAAGAAUAUCCUAUAACAUCACCAACAGUUAUGUGUUAUGAAAACAAAUGGGAAGAACCUGAACGUCUUUCUUUGGAUCUGGAGUCUCAAGAGAGAGAUGAUCAUGAAGAAGCAGGAAUUCUAAACCCAGUUGUGGAAAGAGAAGACAGAUUUGUUAAAGGACUCCAUGUUGUGAAACUGGAGGAUGACUGGGAAAGAGAAAAACUUGCUGAAAAGCAAAAGGAAAAGACAUCUUUGUUGGAGAGAGAAGAAAAGCCAGUGUUGGAAACUGGAAGAUACCAAAUGGAAAUGUACCAAAUUCAAAAUACUGAUAAAUUGGAAGAAGAGGAAGAAGAAAGGCUAAAGAGAGAAAUGCUACUUGAUAAACUGAAUGAUAUCAACAGAGAACUCCAAGAUUCUCAGAAUUUAAAAUAUCCUUCUCUGCCAUUGCUUCCUGAUUUGAAAUCAAAACUGCACUCCCCAGAGAGAAACCCCAAAACAUACAUGUUCUCUGAAUCCUCAGAAAGAUUAUUUAAUGGGCAUCAUUUGCAAGACAUCGCUUUUUUAAAUAUAAAAGGAGAUGGUCAGAAUCCAGGCAAUAUUAGAAGCCCAGCCUCUCCAGAUGAGCUUGCAUUUGGUAGCUAUGUGCCUUCAUUUACAAAAACAUCAGGGAAGUUAAAUCCAGUUAGCCAAAAAAGUGGCCUUUUGGAUUUCCAAAGAAACAAUAUAGAGAAAUUUAGUAAAGACAGUGUAGAUUUAAUCACAAGAAAAGAGAAAAAAGCGAAUCUGAUGGAACAGCUAUUUGGUGCCAGUGGCAGCAGCAGCAUUUCCUCUAAAAGCAGUGACCCAAAUUCUCUGGCUGCUACCAAAGGAGACUUUGAGCCUCUAAAUUUUCUCCCUGGGGACAAAAGCAGCAGGGGUAGGGAUGAUGAUGAUGACGACUUCUUCAGUGAAGGAAGAAGUUUUAAUCCGAAUAGUCACCGAUUAAAACAUGCAAACAAUAAGCCAGCAGUAAAAGUGGUUGAUUCUGUAGAAGAUGAAAUUGAAGAAGUAGCACUGAGAUGACUGACUAGAAUGUUUUUUCAAUUGUAAAUAUUAAAAUAUUUUAAUACAGUAUUUAUUAUAAACAUUUAGACUUUUUAAUAUUAAAAAGUUCUUAUUAAGGAAUAAUUUUUAAUGUAUAAAUACAAUGGAAAUAAAAGUAAAUCAUAUCACACCACAUAGCUAAUUUGCCAAGAAUGAAGGAGGCUCUUUUGACUGAAACCAAAAAUAGAGACAUAUCUUACUUUUCUUUUUACAAAUAAGUUUUACCUCUUGAGUCCGCUUUAUGGGGAGUUUUACUCCAUUGGCAUAAAAAUUCAUUUUCUAUGUUGUCCCUAUUUAUUUAUUUAUUUUUGGUCCUAUCCUCACUGAGCUAAAUACAGUCCUCCCGCUGAUUGUCGAAUGGAAUUGAAGAGUGAGAGGCCCUGUUCGGAAGCGUAGCUCCCAAGAGGCAGAAAGCUGGUGCUACGCAGGAGCCCUGUCCUCUGUGACGAGGGGUGAGGGGUCCCUUUCUUAUAUGGAAAGGCUGAGCUGCUCUUAAGUGGAAACAGUGACAACAUGGGAACUUCCCAUUCCUCUGGAAGUAACCACAGUUAAAUGCUACUCGUUUCCCAAUUACAGAGUCUCGUUAAAUCACUUACCUACAACUGUGCUAACACAUUAGGUUCAAUUCAGAAGAUGUUUGUCUGUUUGCAUGGACAGUUCCCUGUCCUGGCUUCCAGAGGUGUGGCUGCAGUGUAAUCAGUAAUUCCUCUCCUAUGCUUUUCUUGUCUCAGUGACUGGAUGUGAGAUUUCAUACCAAAUACAUGGAAUAGAAGGUACAUCCAAAUACAUCCCAAUAUUGCAAGAUUUUCAACUCAAUUAUGUUUCCAGAUAACGUAACUAGGAAAUUUUAAUAUGUACUUUUAAGAUUUGAACUUACUGUCAAACCAAAGAGAAAUGAUAGUGUGAUACUAUUGGACUUACAGGACUAACUUUAAAGCAGCCAUGGUUAAAACUUUUUUAGAGAUGGGGCUUCUGCCUUGCUGAGUAGGGUGGAUGAUUUUCUUUUCAAAAGUGUGUGGUCUUUUGCUGUUUGUAGCUCACUUCAGCUGCAAAGGAGUUGAUGACCUUGGAUUAUGCUGGGCAUGACUGGUCUUUAAGAAGCAGUAAUACACCACCAACCAAGGAGAAAACACAGUUCAGAUAAAGGGUGGUGGAAGUAGUGUGUCAGGGGAAGAAUAAAUAAAUGUUGAUUGGCACUUAUUCUAAAGUGAACUGUUUUUUUCAAGAAUUUACUACGUAUUUGCUCAUAGUAUGAUUUCUGAUGCCAAGCAUACAUAAUGAUGAGGGGACUAGUUGCUGUUUUAUCUUGAAUUCUUAUAAACACUUAUUAUUGAUAUAACUUCAUAAUUAUUUGAUAAGACUUACCUGGUUAGGUCUCUAAUUAAAAUAGACGUACCACCUAGCAUCUUCUAAAUUGUGUUCCUGUUAUUUACUGGGAACUGAAUCUCUCAAAAGUGCUAAACUAUAUUAAAAUUUUUUUAAUAGAGAUUUUUUAUGAUUGAUAUAAAUAAGCAUUUAGUAUGUUGUAAAUCAUUCUAAUAUAUGUAAACCACAAUAUUAUUGUAAUGCAGUUCUUGAUCAAAUAUUAUUAUGUAAUCUUAAUUUUGUUCAUAGCUGCUAAUUUUUCAGCCGAAAGUAUUCUAAUUUUUAGGGUUUUUUUGCUUUAAAGGCUUUUUUAAAAGUCCUUUAGUAAAGUUUUAUGUUCAGGUCAUUUUAAUUACCCUUGCUUUUUUCUGCCUGACGUUUUCUAGUCUUUUUAACCAGAUGCAAUAAGGCAGAAGUAUUAAAAUUAAACCUAAAAUUAAGUUAUAGACUUAGAAGCAUUAUGGUGUUGAGCAUUAAAAUUGGAGAUUAAAAUGUACAGAACAAGUUUUUCU